UCCUCCGCGGUGACCACUUACCUGUUACCAGAAAUAUUCUUCCAGACAGUCCCAAGACAUUCUCCUGCUGGCCGUGCUAGGUCAAGCUUCGCUUUCGGUUAAUCGCUCAGACGCGCGCCAAGUUAUUUUUUAUUCAUAGAAUUUUAAUUUUUAAUAAUUAAUUAAUAAUCGAGUUUUUGUUAUUUGUGAAAAAAACGGAAAGAUACUUAUGGGUGAAUAGUGUUUGAAGUUCUUGACAAGCCAGUUUCAUAGAAUCCUUUUCAAGGACAACCAUGGUGCCCAUCAAGUGGAUUUACUUAGUCUCUGUGAUUGCCGUCCUUCUGGGAUUGACAAAAGCUGUUCCGGGCAGACUCAAUGACAUAAAACGGCCUAGCGGAACCUCUCAGCAAUUUUUUAAAAUAAGAGAAAAUUUAUACGACUGUCCAAACUGUGUUGAUGAGAACGUAGGUAACUUGGCAGUUUCGAGAUGGACAAUGCCACUUCUAAAACUGGGCGAGAAACGAUAUUACCUCGGGAUUUUCUUCAAGGCAAAUUGGUAUAGGGCAUCGCAAUAUUGUCGCUAUCAUGGAAUGCAUUUGGCGAGCAUUUCCGCUCAAGAAGAAAACGACAGGUUAGAAAAACACAUUAAAGAUUUUGGAUUGGGUCACGAACAUUUCUGGACUUCCGGAACCGAUCAAGGAGAAGAAGGAACGUUUUUCUGGAUGGCGAAUGGACGACCAAUCACAUUCGAAAAUUGGAAUGUCGGCGAACCUAAUAACUUCAAGUACGAAAAUGGGGAAGAAGAGCACUGUCUCGAAUUGUGGAACAGGGACGGGAAAGGGCUCAAGUGGAACGACAGCCCUUGCAGUUUCGAAACGUUUUUCGUCUGCGAAGUUCAGUGAAAGUGAUUUAAUCAAGAACUAAAGACUAAAAAAAAGUAAAUCAAAGAAAGUUCGCGAGCGAAAAAGAAAUAGUAAGAAAGCGAAAACGGUUUCAACUCUCAAAUCAAAUAAAGUGAGCAACUUCGGAAAUUUUAAUCGACAAUUAAACUUCGAAGUGCUUACUCAGUGAGUGCCAGGAUUUAUGAUAGUAAUCGUACCAAACAAGAACGUCCUCAUUUGUGUUUAACCACAAUGUAUAAUUUAAUUUCAGUUCCAAGUCGACGAGAUAUUUUUUACUGCCUUAUUUUUAGUCUUAUUUUUAAUCUCCACUGUAAAAUAUAAUUUUCAGCACCUAUUUAAUUUUUGUGUAUCUUCUUUAUACAAUUUUAACCUUUGAGUGAGGACGUGAUUUUAUCAACUUUUGUCAUUAAUAAUGUUGUACAUAAUUAAGGGAAUGGAUCAAAAUAUCAAAAAUUUGGUGCGGUCUAAGCGACCGCACGGUCACACGUGAAUACUCAUUUUUAACAUAAAAUGUAAUUGUGACACAUUUUGGGUGCCUCGAGAAGAACCGGGAAGGGACCCCGCGUCAGGAACACGUUUCGAUCUCCUAAACCGCACGGCCAUUAUUACCCAAUUUUCAGAACUUAUAUUGGAUUUCAGAGGAAAUUUUACAUAAAUUUUUAGGGAUAAUUGGGAAAUUUCAAUACGAUUUUGAAGAUUCUAAAGGAUUUUCAGAGAUUUUAUAAGAUAAACAAAUAUUUGAAAAAAUUUUAAUCCACCGAUUUUAGAGGAUUUCAUGAAAUUUCCAAAGAUUUCGUAGAAUCUCAAGAAAUAAACGAUCUCAAGACAUUACAAAAAGUGUUAAGGGAGGAUUAAGAAUGUUGUUUUCUUUUUGUUAUAAUCUCUAAAGAAUUUCAAGAAGUUUUGAUAAGAUAUCUAGAAAUCUUAGUGGAUUUCAAAAAAUGUCAAGACACACCAAAGGAUUUUGUUAGACUUUGAAGGAUUUCAAGGAAUUCAGUAAAAUUUUUUAAGGUUUCUAGCAAUCUUAAAAAACUUUAAGGGCUUUCCAUAUUUAAUAAGGUUUCGAAGAUUUGUAGGAAUUAAAAGAGAUUCCUGAAAAUUUUGUGGGAUACUGAAAGAUUUUAAAACAUUUCCAAUGGUUUUGACAGUUUCUAAAAUAUUUUUGAUAAAGUUCUUUGAUAAUUUGUCAGCGUUUCGAAAA